AUGGCAUCGUCAACCUCAUCCUCACACGUCCCCCCAAACCCAUACGGCUGCCGACUCCUUCCCGCAGACCCGUCCUCCUUCCUUCCAAACAACCCCUCCGCGCUCUCCAACAACAACAAUAACAAUAACAGUAACAACGCUCACCACAACGGACCAGGACACGAACCCAACAACAAUAGCAGCAACAGCAAUCACACCCAAGACGACGACUCGGACUCGGACGACGGGGAGGAAGACCACCUGGAAGCAAGCAAUGGUGGCAGUGCCAGUCCUCUGGUACCGAGUGACGGAGCAAGUGCAGAGGCGUUAGUCCAACCGGCCCCGAACCCGAUGCCUACUCCCUAUAUCAUUAACCAGCCUACUACGCACAACACGGAGCCUUUUAGUUUUGGAUCCCAGGUUGACUCGAUCUGUCCCAAACUCUUGCACGAAACCAUCAUGUCUCCAGUCCCGCAGGGUUUAAAGUUCAUGUGCAGGAUCGUCCGCAAGAACGAAGGCGUCGACAAGCGUAUGUACCCAACCUACGAACUCACUCUCGAAGAGCCCUCCCGUUCCUCUCGAGUUCGUCUCUUGCGUGCAACCAAGAAGAAACGAAGCCGAGGAUCUUACUAUGCGAUCACCAGCGACAUGGACCACCACCCUGCUGACUAUGACCGAAAGGCGAGCGACGAAAACUAUGGAGUCUUGGGGAAACUGAGGUCCAACUUCUUGGGAACUGCGUUUAAUGUUUAUUCGAAUGGACGGAAUCCCUUUUCGGGAAAUGCAGCAGCAGCACAGGCAGCGACUGAAGCAGAGGGUCACUCGAGUGGGAUCUCAAACAACAGUGCCAGUAAUGGAGCAGGAGGAGGAGCAAGAGCAGCUCUGGACCAGAAGACGAAAGCUGAGAUCAAGAACCCCGUACGACAAGAACUCGGCUCUGUCAUCUAUAACCCAAAUGUGCUGGGAUUGAAGGGACCAAGGAAGAUGACGAUCUUGAUGAAUACCAUGACUGCAGAGGGCGAUAUGGUUGAGAGACGACCGACACAGGCCAAGGAUACGCUGAUCGGCCGCAUGACUGACCGCGAUAUGACCGACCUCCUUGUCCUCCGAAACAAGAGUCCACAAUGGAACGAUGACACCAACUCGUUUGUGCUGAACUUUGGAGGACGCGUCUCACUGGCAUCAGUCAAGAACUUUCAAAUUGUCCAUGAUAACGACUUGGACUACAUCAUUAUGCAGUUCGGAAAGACUUCGCAAGACAACUUCACAAUGGACUGCCAGUAUCCCAUGACGCCCUUCCAGGCAUUCGCCUUUGCCCUCACCAGCUUUGACGCCAAGCUUGCCUGCGAGUAA